AUGUCAUUCAGAUCAUGGAGGCAAUUUCAGUUCUUCGAGAAUGUUCCUCUUCGAGACCCGCAGAUAGGGAGUCCAACACCGUUAUUUUCGGAUCCUACACUUUCCGCAGCUUGUCCGUUGCAGAAUGGCAAACUCUUUAUCGCAGUUCAAUCGAGAGUAUUACGUCUCGUGAAUUUGAAAACUUUAGAAGUUGAGCUCGAGUUUGAAGCUUAUCCGGAAGGAUUUCAGGUGACAUAUUUAUGUGCCAUCGAAGAUACCUAUGUUGUCAGCGUUGCAGAACAAGUCGGAAAACCUUGCUCGCUCAAGGUGUGGAGAAUUGACAAGCGGCCAAGCAACGAAUUCGACUUUCACAGCGCUAUUGAGGUGAAAAACGGAAAGAAUACAUUCCCUCUAUCUGCGAUAUCCAUAUCGAAAGACUUGACGUGCAUGGCCAUUGGCUUUGUAAAUGGUCGCAUCGUACUAAUACGAGGUGACAUUGUUCAUGACCGCGGGUCCAAACAAAGGAUUAUCUAUGAGGACCCAAACAAAGAGCCCAUAACCGCGCUAAUGUUCGAUAGUGAAAACAGAACUUGUUUUGCCUCGACUACGUCUGCCCUACAUCUAUUUGACACGUAUGGUAGAAAUAGUGGUAAGCCUGGAUUGACACUGAAAACCGAAUCGGGUGUUGACCUCAAUUGCAGUUGUGUGAGUAGCGACGGUAAAGAAUUUAUCUGUUGUUUUAAUAAUUCAAUUGACUUUUACAAGCCCAGCGGUGAGAAGCGGUCGUUAGUAACAGAUCUCACUACAAUAAAAAGGGUUUACGCGAUAGAUAAAGACCACUUACUUAUUUUAUCUGGAGUACAAGCGUCCAACAACACCGUUCUUCAUGUUUCCAACACUGCAAGCCCCAGUAACCGAUUAGUCAUUCUUGACAUUCGGAACAAAUUAAUCGCCAUGAACACAUUGAUAUCAGGGAACGUACUUGAUAUUUUUGCAAGCAAUCUCACAGGUGAGCCAUCUGUAGUACUCUUAACUUCGGAUGGUACUAUGCACCAAAUCAACGAGAAAUCGAUAACGGAAAAAGUUCAAAUUGUUGAGCAAAAAGAACUUUACCAAAUAGCACUGGACUUGGCUGAACAAAGCCAGCUAAGCCCCUUACGAAUUGAGGAGAUACGAAAGAAGUAUGCUGAAUAUCUCUACAACAACGGGGAUAAGACAGAUGCUAUUGAACAGUAUUUGCAAUGCCUAAAUGUAACAGAAACAAGCGAAGUGAUUGCAAAGUUCGGGGUCGAAAACUCGUCAAGCUCUGAAGAUGUUUCGAUACUUUCGUUCUAUCUGUUGUCCAUGAUGCAAAAGGGCAUGAGUAAUUCAGACCAUGUAACCCUUUAUAUCAUAUCGCUAAUAAAGCUGAAAAACGAAGAAGGCAUCCAUAGCUUUAUAAGGCAUUUCAGCCGUUCUGGCGAAUACCUGGAGCAGGAAGAAUCUGAACAAAGCUGGAUGGACGAUGACGAGUCCUUUUUUUACUCUGAUGCAACUCUUUUCGACUUAGAUCUGACCUUAAGGCUAAUGUUGGAGUCAGGAUUUGCAUUACUGAGUUAUAAACUCGCUAGGAAAUUUUCGAAAAGUCCAGAAAUGGUAGUUGAUAUACUGAUUGACGAUCUCAACGAUCCUCAUUCUGCUCUUAGGUACACAAAGAGCUUGCCUGUUGAUGAUGCAUUAAGAAUGCUGAUAAGCUUCUCCAAAAAACUACUCGAACUUCUGCCGAACGACACAAAUGCUUUGCUUAUUGAGUUAUUUACCGGAAAGUACCAGCAGAUAAGGUUCGAAGAUGUGAGUGGAAGUAACAGCUUGCAUGGCGAAAAGACAGAUCAUGAUGUCUUUUACAGCUACAAAUCGUUCGUUGAUUUCAUGAAGUCAACCUCCAACAUAAAAAAUUCCGAACCGGAUGCAGGCACUCCAACCUAUCAUCCACCUCGGCCUGCUCUGAUCUUUACAUCAUUCAUUAAUCAACGUUUUGAAUUUGUUGUGUUCUUGGAAGCUUGUCUUGGAAGCUAUAACGAAUUUAGCGGAUUUGACCACGACAAGCAGCUAAUCCUCACUACUCUCUAUGAUGUCUAUUUGUCGUUAGCAAAAGACGACGAAAAAAGUCGCCAAAACGAAUGGAGGGAAAAGGCCCGACUCGUUUAUCAGGAUAGCAUCAAAUUAGUCAAAGCGAGCAGUUCAACGAACAGUACGCUCUCUGGAGAAAGGUCAAACAAGCCCGUAGAUAAUUCAUUAAUGAUGUUGAUCUCGCAGGUCAACGACAUUGAUCUGUCACAGGAUGAAAAUGAAAUUGAUGUUGAAAGCAAAACUUUCAAAUACGACAAAGCAGACCUUAUCUACAAAUUUGAGUCUUUGUCUUUGACCAGUGAUCCUUUGGUUGUGCUCAAAUUCAUUGAACAGUAUGGUCUCCAGGAACCCGCUCUAUACUCCAUGGGUUUGGCGCAUUUCAUCAGCUCAAAAAGUGUCAUGAAAGAAAUAGGUGGGGAACCUGUCUUCAGAGAGAAGAUUUUACAGAGAGUUUUGGACCUCGAUUUGAUGCCCCUACUAGAUAUUUUACAAGUUUUGGGCUCCACAAACGUUGCCACUUUCGGUCUGGUUCAAGAAAUUUUGAUUGAGCACAUCAAGUCUGAAAGCCAGGAGAUAAGAAAUAAUAAAAAGCUUAUUGAAUCGUAUAAGGCGGAGUUAACCGAAAAGGACAACAAGCUGAACUCAUUGAUAGACGAAAACAAUCCCUUACAAAUAAAGCUAAAAAGCCAAAACUGCAACACUUGUCAUUUGCAAAUCUCCCCACCAGUGGUAUUUUUCAAAUGCAACCACAUAUAUCACCAGCGAUGCCUGAACGAAGAAGAGUACUUGGGCAAGGACGGGAAGUUUUUUCAAUGUCCGCAAUGCAUUGUUGACUAUGAAACAACCGAGGGAAUGAAGCAAGCCCAGGUUGAAGCUCAAAAGAAUGCUUCACUUCUGCGGAUGGCUCUGAACGAUAAAGAGAACAGCAAAGAUCGUUUCAGAGUUGUUACUGAGUUCAUAGGGAGAGGCGGGCUUGACUCGUGUUGA